AUUAAAAUAUCUUUGCUCUGUGCUAUCUAAUCUGUCUGAAUGUCAAACUUGUUUUGCCUGAAAACAUCGAGUGAACAAAACAUUUGUUUAAAAGUGUUUAUUUUCAGCAAUUAAACAGACAGUUCACUAUGUUGCGACAGGUGUGAGUCUUUAUUUUCUAGAUAUUGUUUUGAGGCAAAGUGCGUAGUUAAUAAUGUGAUUAGUAGACCUGUGUUUAUAAUGACGUGCAGCUGGGUUACUUCGCCGCUGGCAGUCGGACUUCUGCUGAGGGCGUGUGGGAAUACUGAGCCAGCUUACGAUAAGUUUAUCCAGCUAAGUAAACGACUUACCAAGAAAGAUGGAAACACAAUCAACAGUAAAAUAUUCGUAUCUUCAUCAUCAGAAGAAACCACCAAACAUGGCGGAUUUGACAGUCAAGGAGUCGAUUUUCGGGACAGUGCAGAAAGGAAUGCUAUCAGCGACUGGGUAAAUGAACAUGCUGAAGAAAUAAUGGAUUCCAUAAAUACUAUAUUUCCUAAGGACACGUCAAUGGUUCUCAUGAAUAUUCAUAGAUUUAAGGAUACAUGGGCAGGUCACGUCAAUGGAUCACCAUCUAUGAAAGUGUACAACUCAUUCAGUUACACUCAGGACGUCAAAUAUGAAACGAGGCUGCUACAACUCCCAACGUCAGGGAACUUCAAACUAGUUCUGCUUGUUCCAAAAGAGGUGGAUGUAUUACACGAACUGUUCUCAACGCUAUGCAAUGAAGGUCUCGAGGCCGCUACCAACUGCCUCCAACCUAUGUUCACCACGACAACGAAGUUAGAAGCACCCAGCAUUCAUAUCAGCUCGAAGAUCACAAGAGAACAGGAAUUUGUUAUCAACGGCGUUACUGCUACUGGCCAAUACUUCGGCAAUGUAAAAAUCAAUGAAAAUGAAGUUAACAUCAAUGUUUUAACAUGUUUAUAUUCGACAACGGAACCUUCAACGUCGAUUGAAACUGGUGGGAAAGUUUUAAUAUCACAAGAACAACCAAGCUUUUAUUUCGCCUUGUGUUUUAAAGAUACACCGAUAUUCAUUGGACAAUAUUACCCAUCAUAAGCUAGUAAAACUUAAAGGUUUCGGUUAAGUUAAAAAAAAUAAAGCCAUUUGUCAUACUUUAUUACAUGUUUAAUUUGUCUUAAGUGCACUUAAAAAUAAAAUUCAAUUUCAACACAAAUAAGUAUCGUGUUUCAGAGUCCUAAUGCAAUCUUUUUAUCUCGCCU